ACUACAUGCGCGGUGUAAAUCAAGAGCUCGGUUCCAAAAGCUCAGUGGACGGACUUAAGGGUGUGAUGACGACGGCAGCUCCUCCUGGGGAAGGCGAGUAGAGCUACGGCCACCAUCGCGUCAUGCUGCUACUCAGACACACAAACACAUUCAUAAGGCUUCAUGAUGAGCGAGAGAUGACCGGGAAAAAUUCUUUACUCAAGUCCAUCAAAUGACAUACAGGCGCCUAGAAGUAAAUCAUUCCGUGUUAUGGCUAAUGAAGGACUAUAUUUUCCUUUAGAUAUGAUUCUAGUUUCCCGAAGAAACCCACCUAUUCUUAAAGUAUGUCGACGAAAGUCAUAAUUAGAAGUUAAAGUGACACACAACGUAAGAUAUGUGAAUAACAACAAUUACGAAAUACAAGAGUGUGUGCGUACGUGUGCGCGCGCCACGAGAACAACGAAGUCUCCAAGGGCAUUUCGGUCCGCGGUAUCCCAGGAGAACCUUCUCACAGACCGCCGCGGGUGUUCGUUCAGACCUGUUGUUCCAAGGAGGUUCACCUCGAACUUCCAGCCAUAAUUUGGAAGCCCAGCGUACCUACAGCCAUGCAGUGGGGUAAAGUAGGAACUUUACUACUGACAAUUGCUACAACUCUGGGACAGCAAGGAUUUGGACAACUAGGAUUUGUUCAGCAAGGUCAACUAGGUUUUGGGCCACCAGGAUUUGGUCAACAAGGGUUUGGGCAAACAGAAUUUGGUCGGCAAGGUCAUGCACAGCCAGGAUUUCUUCAGUCACAAUUUGGUCAGCACAUACUCAAACAGUCAGGCAUUAGUCGCCCAGGAUUUUCACAAGCUGGUUAUAAUCAAGGGUUUCACCAUCAAAAUCAUCAGGAAACCUUAAAAAACACACAAUUUGGUCAACAAAGAUUUGACCAGACAUCGAUGCAGGUUCUCGCUGGUGUGCAGAGACCUACCCAACAAGUUAUUCCUCCACGUUUUGUAGAACAGGGUUUUGCUCACAGAGGCGUGGGCCAAGCUUUUGGAGACCCACUAGGAGUGUCUACUUUUGAACAACCUGGUGUAGGAAUGGACGCUCUAGGAAACCCUACCAGGAGUGGAGUAAGAGUAGCUGGGCCUAAUAAUCAGCCUCUUGAGUCCUCCUCUAGUGAUACCUGUCGACAGUGGUGUAAGGGAGCUGUGCGCGGACAAUUCUACUGCUGUGAGGAAAACACUGAACCACUUACAGUUCCAAUAGUGAAAUCUGGAGGAUGUCCUCCCCUAAGAUCUACAUGCCCAGAAAAUCCUCCAACUCCAAUAACUUGCGGUGACGAUAGCAAAUGCCCUGGUAGACACAAAUGCUGCUUUGAUGGAUGCAUAAACGUGCAUGUGUGUGCGAGACCCAUAUUGUAAAUAGGUACAGCUGUACGAUGAGAUCUUGAAGAUUGCAGUUGCAACAACGUUUCUAAUGGUGUAUUAUUAGUUUCACCCUUGGGUAGUCUAUUCAAGGCUCUCGAGAAAUGUAAAGA